CUGUCCCUCUGCAACACAGGGACACCUUUCCCCAGCAGGGCCAGGGCUGGAAAGCUGUGGUGCCUUUGCCCAGCCCUGGAAAGCUGUGGGCUGAGCAUACUACUACAGCCACCUCUGCUUUGGCCAAACUCAUCUGGGUUUUCCAGGGGCUGUAGAAGAGGGAAUGUUCAGGUGGAAAGGGGACGGCUGGAGAGACCUCCUGGCUCCUCUUUAAAGGCAUCUGAGAGGUGGCAGUGGAGUGUGGGGUGGGACAGGAUUUGUGUCAGCUCUAUGUUGGUGUGGGCAGCAAGGGCAGGGCAGAGCAAGCAGAAGGCAGCAGCUCUUUGGCUCCGUGCACCUUUACCUGCCCUGGAGACUAUGGAUCACCUCACCGGCAAAGCAUUCCCAGCGUGGGUGUACUCUGCCCUGCAAAGCCGCUCUUCCUUGGGAUGUAAACAGCUCCCCAAGCAAUAAAAGCUCGGCAGGCAGAUUUGGGCCGCUGCAAUUCUCCCCUCCCUUUGCAGCGGCUCUCGGGGCAGCCCGUCAGGGAGGUGCCGGGGGGGCAGCCCUGUGUCCCUGGAGAGGCCGCCUCCCUGGAGGGGACGCUCCGGGCUGCCCCGGUGAAGCGCUCCGCUCCCGGGCUGCCCGUGCUGCUCCGAGUGCGCCGCGGGGCUUCCCCGCCCGGCCCGGGGCAGCUGGGGCUCGCAGAGUCAGCAACUCGCGGUGGGAUGAGGGCUGAGAAGGAAGAGCAAAGAAGGGAAGUUGUCUGCAGCGAGUUGUAUGCAGAGAUUAUCAGCGUCUGGAUGAGCGGCCUUGGGCUGGAUGUGGCCGUGGGCGAUCUGGCGACAUUCCCUGGCCGGGGGGAAGUCCCGUGUGAGCUGGUCUUGCAGCCCUGGCUUCAGCAGGAGUGGUACAGCAUUGCUCGUGGAGAGCACAUCCCACCUGUGGAUCCCCAUGGCACUGAGCUCUGGGGAUCUGCAUUGGGGAGCCCCCAAGGUCCCCUCCAGGGGGCUGCACCCCUCACCGUGGGCUCCCAAGGCCGCAGUGGGUGUCGUGCACCCACAGCUGGGACAUUGCUGUGGAUCCCAGUGAGUCAACCCGCUCUGUGAGCCUGGGGUCCCUGGGCAGGGCUGGGGCUCUCAGCACCCAUUCUACCAGCCUGGCGCUGCCAGCACUGCCUUCCUGGGGUCCCCUCAGGUGCUCAGGCUGCGACCUGCUUCCCUUUCCUCCCGCGGGGAGCCCAGGGCUGCUCUGCUCACUGCCGGGUGUAGAGGACUCGCACCCAGAGACAAAAUUACGUAAGGGCUGCGGAUGACUCAUGCCAAAUCCCUGCUUUUUCCUGGAUUGUGCGGUGAUGGAGAAUCAGCCACUUGCAUUUUCUCCUCCAGGUGUCCACGGGAGCAGAGUGCAGUGUUUGGGAAAGAGCAGAGGCUCCCACUUCCCGGCAGCACCGCGAGCAGAGCUUCGCCACGGUCCUGCCUGGCUGCUGCCUGUGGUGCCAGGGAGUGGGGGCUGUGAGAAAUCACCAAUUCCUCGCUCUCUGCGUCUCUCUGGGCAGGUUAGGGCUGUUACCGGGACAGGAGAUGCUCCAGCAUCCUCUCGGGAAGGCUCUCCCAGCUCCCAGCAACUUCCUGGGACAAGCGGGGGGUGUGCAGUACACAAAGGGCAGCGUCUGGCGCCGGGGCGGGGAGCAGCAGCGAUGGUUUCCUGGGGAAAACCGCUCCGCGACUGUCGGCCGUGUCACCUCAGGAAUGGAAACCGAAACUCAGAGCUUUCGGUUCGGCGUUUGUUUGUCUAAAAUCGGCAGAUCCUGGGUUUCGGCUCUCCCCCGCCCUAAUGCUGUGGAUGCGGUGACGCUGCUUUGCCUCCUCCCUGCUCCAGCAGCGGCUUCCUGCGCCCCGCCGCCGGCGAUGGAGGCACGGCAGAGCCGCCGCUGCUCCCGGCGCUGCCCCGCCGCUCCUGGCUGAGAGAUGAGCAGGGCCGGAAGCUUUAUGUAAUACAGCGAAAGCUGUUUGCUUCUAGAGCUGGAGGGAAAAUAUCCCACCUGUAAAAUCAGUGGAAACUCCAGAUAUCCCACCUGUAAAUCCAGAGUGAAGCCUCAGUGCCAGGCUGUUCUGCCUGGGUGAGCUGGGCACUGCCCGUCCUGGCUCGGGCACCUCAGGGGAGUAGUGCCAGGUAUUUCGUUUGCUUUUCACUGUUGCCUGAUGCUGUCACAGAGACCUUUGCUGUGUUUUAGAGUCAGGGCUGCAGAGAGGAUGAUUCCUGCCCCAGGCAAAUGGGGAUGGACUCCAUCACUAUGGACCACUCUGAUACCAGGGCUGGGCUUUGCUUGGUCACUCCUUCCCAGGCAGGGAUGGGAUUGGUGCUGCUCAAACCAUAACAGUUCCCAUGGUAGCUGCAAGGACAAAGCUGGGGAGCCCUUUCCUGGAUGGGAACACUGAGCACAGGGGCUUCAUGGGGUCAGAUCCUGCUGUAGGGCUGAGCCACCCACUGCUCCUCGCUGGCAGAGCACAGAGUGCAGCAGAGCCUGGCAGCCGUGGCCCUGUGCAGGUGGCCGUCCUGCCACAGGUCCAGCAGUGACCAGGGUGUUGUUGCACAGCCCUGGUGGCUUUGCUGCCCAGGAAUACCUGGUUUCCACAGCCCCCCAGUGCUCUGCUGGGAUCCAUCCAGUGCCCUCUGCUCCGGUGGGGUCUGUCCAGCACCCACAGGCCUGGGCUGCCCCACUCCUCUCCCUGGUGGGAAAACCCUUUCCUUGGCUCCGCAGGGUGCUGCUGGAUGGUAGCAAGGUGCGAGCUCCCUCUGAGGCACCCAGUGGCUUCGACUGCACAGAACAGGAAGGUCAAAAGCAUCGUUUCUCUUCCUCCUUCCACCGGUGUUGACAAACAUGCCGGAAAACACUCUCUGCCCCUCCUUCCUUCCUGCUCCAGUGCAGCAUGCCCCGCAGGCUGGCUCUGUGUUUCCUCCUCCCAUUUGCUUUGAGGAAAAACUUUUCUUUUGUCACUAAGGCUGCCUUAGCGUUGAGGUGGCACCACCAAGCUGGUGCCCAUCUGCAGCUGGAAGGAUUGAGCAGCGUCCCCAUCAGCAGGGACACUUUGCCUCUGGGGCCUGGGGCGAUUUUUUACAGCCACUUGCAGCUGGAGGUGUGUUCGUUUUUCCUGGUUGUUUCCAGGGCUUGCAGCUGGCUUCUGGCAUGAAGAUAAUUCCAUUAAGUGGGAACGCUGGGGCUUGACCGCAGUGUUUGGCACAGCAGCUGCUUUACAGGUCAGGGCUUUCUGAAGCCUUGUGUCCAGGCUGGUGAGAUGCGGCUGCUGUUGUGGUUUCCUGGGGUUUUGCUUGGGUGUUUCAGGGUCAUAUCAAGUUGCAGGGGUUUUUGGUUCUAUGUGUUUUAUCCCCAAAUUUGCCCCAUCACCAAACCGCACAGGGGGAGGGCUGGGAUGAGGUGCUAAGCUGUUGUGGGAUGGGUUUGGUGAGGUGGGAAGGGGCUGAGAAUGGGCUCCACAGCCCUGGUGCUGAGGAUCCCGAUCCCCUCCUCCUCGGGCGCUGAGCAUCAGCUGAUGGUGCUCGUGUGGUAACGCGUGCCCACAAACUGGGGUGCGGGGUGUUACCCCCCGGCUGUCGGUGCUGCCCCACGAAACACGAUGCAAACGAGACUCGCCUGCUGCCAGGGGUGUAUUUGGCGUUUGAGGUUUUUUUUUGGCUCGAGGCUGAGCACUGCAGCGGGUGCAUCGCGCCAGGCGGGGAACCGAACGGAAAACGAAAGUGAUGAUGAACAGAAAGGAGGGCAGCGCUCUGCACCCCACCCCCGCCCCCCCGAGCCCCGAUAAAAAGGAAGCUGCCGGGGGCGCCGGGCUGAGGACUGGGACUGCUGCUCAAUAUUCCCUUAAAGCUCCGGUGCCGCCGCUCCCGGCUCUGGAACGAAUCUGAGCGCGGGGAAUCCCGAUGUGCAGGCUUGAUGAGCUCGCACCGAUGACCAGCAGGUAUGCAGUGAGCUAGGACAAGGCCACUCGCUCCAUGGCACCUCCUCCCCACGGCAUCACCUUCUAAGAUCUUCCUGCCAUUAACUGCGCCCCACUCAAGCUGCUGCCAAAGAUGCCAACGACGAACGGCCCGAAGGUGCCACUGGGCAGCCUCCAGCAGCAGCUGGAGCUGCUCCUGGUCUGCUCCAAGUGCAGUGUGAAGGAGAACGAGAUCACCUACCACCCCCAGGAGGUGGAGCACAAGUGCAUGUACGAGAUCCUGCUGGCGCGCUGCCACCGGAGCACAGCAUGGAGGAAGGUGUCCCGGCGGCCCGGCUUCCCCAGCCCGGCGCGCUACGAUGUCUGCAGGUACUACGUGAUGGGGCUGGGCUGCAGAAGGCACAAGAACCAGUGCACCUUUGCCUGGAGCACGGAGGAGGCCACGGUCUGGAACUUUGAGAGGGAGCACCAGCUGGAGCGGCGCUGGCUGAAGGCGGCAGUGCUGCAGGCGCAGCUGGGGGGCCACCCCGCUGCCACCCCCCACCUCACUGCCGGUGCUGCCAGUGAGAUCACCAGCGAGUUCGGGGGGUGCUUCCAGGAGAUCUGCAAGCAAUGCUUUUUUGGCCGCCCCCAGCGCAUCACAGUGGGUGGCUGCGGGUGGCUCUGUGAGUCCCACCGCAGCUGGGACCCGCUCCUGGUGCACGCGGUGCUGGACAGCCAGAAGAAGCAGCAGUACACGGCCAUCCGGCCCUGCCCUGAGUUCAUCGAGACCCUGGCCUACUGCCGGUUUGUGUCCCGGGGCCGGCCCUGCAGGCACGGCCCUCACCGCUGCCAGUACGCCCACAGUGACGUGGAGAUGGCCGUCUGGGAGGCCGAGAGGGAGCGCGGACUGCUGCGCUCCGACCUGCUGCCGUCCCUGGGCACCGGCAGCACCAACAGCAAGCCGGCAGCGCCUGCGCCCGUGUACUUCUACUGCCACGUCUGCUUGGUGACCUGCAGCUCUCAGGAGAGCUUUGAGAACCACUGCUCCUCCAUGGAGCACGUGCAGAUGCUCUCGGUCGACAGCUCCGUGCAGUGGGUCCACCGCGCACCACCGCUCGGGCUGACCAAGUUCUCACUGUGCAGCAGAGCGGAGGUGUGUGAAAUGGGGAACAGCUGCACCAAGGCUCAUUCCAAAGAGGAGCUGCAGGAGUGGAUCCAGAGGGUGAAGGUUUCCGUGAAGAAAAAGAAGCAAGCCCUGAAGGAUGGGCUCUUGUCCUACCGGGACCGGCUCCUUGCUGAGUAUCGGAUGUGCUCCAACGAGGUGUUAAUUAUGGCUGAGCACGUCGAGGGUGUCCAAGUUGUGUGUGAGCAGCCUCUGCAUGUGCAGCUGGAGGACAGGAAGAAGAAAUACCAAUGGCAGUUCAAGGUCCACUCUCAGAUGCAUCUGCAGCACGUGGCCCUGCUGAAGCGGGACCCUGGAGUCAACUUCUACUUCUCGGGGAAUGGGCUUUCCCGGGGCCUGCAGUACAUCUGCGGGGACCACGUGGCCACCGUGUCCUCCUCGCCCCGCAUCGUGCAGGUGGAGGUCAGCAUGGAGUGCAGCAUCCUGGGCAUCUUUGAGCAGUGGGUGGUCUUCGACUUCGGCAAGCGCCCCGUCCUCAUGCAGAAGAUCAAGGUGAAGGUGGGCCGGCGCGAGGCCCCCCAGCACGUCCCCAGCACCAGGGAGAGCAGCCGCCCCGUCAACUUUGUGCGCUGGGACCGCGGUAACCGCAUCAUUGUUCCCAGCGUGCCGAGGACUGAAGAAGAUGUGGUUCUGCUGGCAAAGUACAAACCUCCUGCUCUGGCACUGGAUUACCAAAGUGAGAGCAGUGCAGUCGUCCCCAUCACCCGGCUCAACUAUCGGGAGAGGAUGCACAGCUUCCUCUUCUGUGAGGAAGAAGCUGAGCAGGCUCUGAUUGCCAAACUCAACCUGCGUGUGCUCAUCUCGCUGACCCCCAUGCUGCAGAGCCUCUCCAUGGGGGCGAAGUUUGCUCUCUCUGGGGAGCUGUUUGCUGAAGUGCCUACCCCUUACAACCUCUCACCAGACACGGACGAGGGGUACCUGCUGAGCAGGUCUGUGCCCACCGCCUUCCUGGCGCUUGACCCACCUCUGGACAAUCGGGUUUAUGAAGUUUUUGUGGAACAUAAAGCCACCACAGAGAAGACUAUCUGGCUACAGAUACCAAGCAGAUGCUGCUCGGAGCUGAAUUUCAAGGCAAACACCUCCCACAAGGUGGAGAUCCAGUUCCAAAUAGACCAGCUGCUGUUCCGGCAGUGGCACCAGGCUGUGGACCGCCUCUUGGAUGAGAAGCUGGUUGUGCCAGAUGUUGCCAGUUGCUCCAUCCCCUACUCUCUUGGGUCCCCACAGAGAGGGAACAACAAGCAGAAACAAGCCAUCUCCUUCAUCACAGGCCAGCCGACCACCAGCCGGCAGGUCCCGCCUCUGCUCAUCUACGGGCCUUUUGGCACAGGGAAGACAUUCACCUUGGCCAUGGCCACCUUGGAGAUCCUCAAGCAGCCCAACGCACGGGUGCUGAUCUGCACUCACACAAACAGCGCUGCUGACAUUUACAUCCGGGAGUAUUUCCAUAACUAUGUGACCGCGGGGCACCCCUGGGCUGUUCCCCUGCGGAUCAUGUACGCCGACCGGCCCAUCAGCAUGGUGGACCCCGUCACCCUGAUGUACUGCUGCCUCUCGCCAGACCAGUGCUCCUUCCGCCUCCCCACGCAGGCUGAGAUUGACAAGCACCACAUCAUUAUCACCACCUCCAUGCUAUCCAAGGACCUGAAGGUGCCCCCUGGCUACUUCACCCACAUCAUGAUCGACGAGGCUGCGCAGAUGCUGGAGUGCGAAGCUUUGGUUCCGCUCUCCUAUGCCACCUUUGAGACCCGCAUUGUCCUGGCUGGGGACCACAUGCAGAUAACCCCAAAGCUGUUCUGUGUUGGGGGUGGGCAAUCUGCUCAUCACACCCUCUUGAACCGGCUCUUUCAGUUCUACCAGAAGGAGAGGCAUGAGGUGGCCAUGAAGAGCAGGAUCAUCUUCAAUGAGAAUUAUCGUUCCACUGCUGGCAUUAUCGAGUUCAUCUCCAAGCACUUCUACAUCGGCAAAGGCAACGCUAUCCAAGCCAGUGGGAACAUCCCACCCCAUCCCGAAAUUUAUCCCCUCAUGUUCUGCCAUGUGUCUGGUGUGGCUGAAAGGGAUAUCUCCAUGAUUUCUUGGCAAAAUGUCUCCGAGAUAAUACAAGUGACUGAGAAAGUGAAGGAGAUCUAUCAGAGGUGGCCAGAUGAGUGGGGUGUCCAGGAUCUGAAGAAGAUCUGUGUGGUCUCCCAUGGGAUGCAGGUUUCUGCAACAAGACAAGAGCUGAGGAAAAAGCAGCUACAAGAUGUGGUGGUGGAAAACUACGAAAAUUUGCCAGGGCGUGAGUUUCGGGUCAUAAUCAUCAGCACGGUCCACACCAGCGAGAGCCUGCGCGUCUCAGCCUCCCACCACCUCGAGUUCUUCAACGAGGCCAGAGUGCUCAACACCAUCAUGACCCGGGCUCAGUCGCUGGUGGUUGUGGUGGGGGACGCUGUGGCCUUGUGCUCCCAUGGCCAGUGCAGCAAGGUGUGGAAACGGUUCAUCCAGCAGUGCAUCGACAAGGGAAGCAUCUUCCCGGAGAGCCUGACAAUGGCUCAGAUCAAACAGGCUGCACAUGACAAGGAGAGCUGGAGCAGGAGCGUGGAGGGGGAUGAGGAGGACAGCGACACAGACUCCUCAAGCUCUGAGGGUGAGAGCAUGAAUCCUGAUGAUCCCAUCCUCCAGGAGCUCUUAGAUGAGAGCAAGAACAUGCUGGUGACAGUGUCUGAUGAAGGGCUGCUGAAUGUGAAGGCCGAGGCUUCAAACCAGUGGAAGGACAAGAGGGAGUAUUUCAGCUUCUCUUCUCAGACAAUGCAGCAGUACCUGCAUAUGCACCCCCAAAUGUACAAGAGGUGUGAGCUGAUCAAAGAGGGGUUUGACAGAGCUUCUGCCUUCACCCUCAAUGACUCCCCUGCCAUGAACAUCCAGAUCAAAGGCAGAGUUAACUGUGGGACAGCCUUCACUGGGGACGAGGUGCUGGUGGAAAUCCUGCAGAACAGCACAGGUGACAGCAGCAGCCACCGCCCACAGGGGAGGGUGGUGGGCAUCCUGAAGCGCGCCGAGAGAGAACGGACCUUCAUCUGCAUGAUGGAUGAGUUUGAUCCCCGUGUGAUGAUACCCAUUGAUCCCACUGUCACCAAAAUAUUUGUGCCAGGGCUGAAGGAGAAACCCAAUGUCAUCCCCAUCCGUAAGCUUGUCAAUGGGAGGUACAGAGUGGUCAGCUGUGAGAAGAUCAGCCAGGAGACAAGAAGGUGCCAGUUCUUCUGUGUCCAGGUCAUCUCCUGGAGGGAAGGGUUUUACUACCCUUUGGGGAUAAUAACAGAGAUCCUGCAGGCAGCAUUGACUUUGGAAGAAGGCUUAAAGAUCCUCGCCUUGGAGUAUGGUUUGGAGAACAAAUACCCGCCUGCUGUCACCAAAGAGUCAGCCAAAUACACCUCCAACAGCAACAUAAACCUCACCAAGGAAACUCGGAAGGACUGUCGGAAUUACACGACCUUCACUAUUGACCCCCAAGGUGCCAGGGAUUUGGACGAUGCCAUCAGUGUUCGGGAUCUUGGGCGUCACUAUGAGAUUGGGAUCCACAUUGCAGAUGUGGCUGGCAUAAUUCCCAAAGGCAGUGCCUUGGACCUGGAAGCAAAGAAGCGGGGUGUCACCUUCUAUGCUCCCGAGCAGGAGCCUCUGUGCAUGUUCCCACCCAAAAUCAGCCAAGAUGUCUGCAGCCUCCUGCCGCAGAAAGACCGACGGGUGAUCUCCUUGUUUGUCACUGUAGAGAAGGAGACUGAUCAGAUGCUAAAGGGAAUCUUCACCAUCUCCGUGAUCCGCUCGGACAGGCAGCUGUCCUACGAAGAGGCAGAGCUCUGCAUUAAGAACUGCUACAGGGGAGCAGCAAAGGCCCUUCGUUUUGAUACCCUGGAGGACUGCAUCGCUGUGGCUUACCACUUCUCCAGGAUCCAUCGGAAGUCUCGGCUACAGGAGGACUGUUUCUAUGACCGGCUGGAUGAGGAAAGUUCCCCAGGUAACAGGGGGUCCCAUCAAAUGAUAGAGGAGUUAAUGAUCAUGUUCAAUAGUUUCGUGGCCGAGUUCCUCACCAACCAGGAGGUGACCAGAAAUGUCACUCCUCUCCGGUGUCAGUGUGAGCCAAGUCUCGCACAGCUGUCACACAUGAAAAACAAGUACAGCCACAUCAUUCCUUUGUCCAUUCAUCUCUUGCAUCACCUGGGAGAAAUACCUCCUGGUCAAGACUCCCCUAAAAAUGUGGAGUUCAGUCUUCUUGGCCCCAUCUGGGAGCACCUGCAGUCAGCUGCUAAUGCCCGUGACUUCCAGAAGAUGCUCGACCUCGUUGUCACUGAUGACAUCCACCCAAAGCUGGCCCCUGUGGUCCUGGAGUUCAGGAGACUGCUCAGCCGCUCCUACUUCUGUCGCUCCAACUCCACCGUGCAGUCGAAGGCAGGCCAUUACUCCCUGCACGUUGACUCCUACACCUGGGCCUCCUCUCCCAUCCGCCGGUACGUGGAUGUCGUGGUGCAGCGGCACCUUCACUCUGUGCUCCGCAAGAAGCCCCUCAUCUAUUCCGCGGACGACAUUGAGUUUCUCUGUCACGACUUCAACAGGAAGAAUAGCCAGGCAAUGACGUAUGAGAAGAGAGCCCACUCCCUGCAGAUGGCCAGCCAGCUGAAGGACCAAGUCCUGCAGAAGAUUGCCUUUGUGGUGGAUGUCGAAGAGAUGAGCAGGUUUUUUAAAGCCCUGUUUCCCCUGAACAAUGAGAGUCUUCCAGAUCCGCAGAGAAUUAGCUACAGGUCCCUUCAGCUGAUAGAGCAGCCUGUGUUCAUCCAGCAGCGGGGCAGCAUCAGGCUGACCUGGAAGAGGAGGAUGUACUCUGCAGAGACAAAGGAGCAGAGCCUGCGGGAAGGACCCCUCUGUGACAAGAGUGUCACCCUCUUCCGCACCCAGACGUGGCAGGAGGUGCUGACGGCCAUCAGAAACGAGGAGUUUGACAGGGCCGCGUCCUUCCUGCGGCAGAGCAAGGAGCUGUACCACCGGCACAUAGGCUGGGUGCGGAAGAGCUCCUGCUCCCACUACAUGGAGCUGUCCCUGGAGCUGAGCGCCGGCGACGCGCUGUGGUUCCAGCUCACCACCGACAUCAGCCGCGGCUUCCUGGUGCCCUUUGUGCAGCUGUGGUGUGUGACACCGGGGUUUGAGGUCUGCCUGCAGCACAUGGAGAAGCCAAUCGACUGCUUCUCGGCCUACGCCACGCUGCAGUCCAAGGACAAGUACAAGAGCACGACGGAGUACAACAAGGUGUGGGUGCCCAUGAGUGCCAUGGAGUCUGCGUCGUGUGCUGUAGCCGAGAAUGACUCAAUUGUCCUCCAUGACAUUAAAAUAAAGUGGGCAAAGCAAAGGACAAGCAAAGGACAGCUGCAAGGGAGCUUUGUGCUGAACAAGAAGUGGUUGGAGGACUGCUCCAUUGACGUGAACUUUUCCCACUGUUACCUGUGCAUUCGUUUAGGUGGGCUGAAGCUUCCCAAGAGCCCUCAGAGCAAUGAGGAAUGCCUUAGCCAUGGCCUCCAGAACCUGUCUUUGCAUGACAACGGCAAAUCAGAGAACAAACUUGUGGUUGAUCCCGAUACCUACACCUGGGUGGCUCACGGGGUCACAGAGGAGUUCAACGAUGACGAGAAGUCAGACAGGUCUGGUCAUCAGACUAUGAAUUUUUACAUCCACUAUAUGUCUAUGGAGACCAUCCCUGUGGAGAUCUCACAGGAUUCUGCGAGGUUCACGGUGGAGCUCAUUCCAAAGAUGCUGCCAGACAUACGGAAAGAAAAAGCUCUUUGGAAGCUCAAGUAUGCCUCUGACCUUGCUAAAAGCAUCGCCCUUGGCCACGAACCUCCUCAAAAACUGACAACAUCCAAAAUCCUGCAGCAAAAAUCCUUUGAUAUCCCUGGCAGCAACCGGAAACUUAACAAGAGUCAGAACCAGGCUGUUCUGGAUGCUCUAAAAAAAUCCUUCAUGCUCAUCCAAGGCCCACCAGGCACAGGGAAGACCGUUGUUGGAACUCACAUUGUCUACUGGUUCCAUAAACUGAAUGAGGAGAGUGUUGAGAAGGACAAAACACCAUGCUUGGAAGAUGAAAAGCACAAAAAGCACAAGAAGAGAAAGUGCAUCUUGUAUUGUGGCCCAUCCAACAAGUCUGUUGAUGUUGUUGCUGAGAUGCUGCUGAAGAUGAAGAAGCUGAAACCUCUGAGGGUUUAUGGGGAGGCCAUUGAGACGAUGGAAUUCCCAUACCCGGGGAGCAACCGGAACAUCUCCCGUAAAUCCCUACGGGAUGCAAAGCCAAAACGUGAGCUCAGUGAAAUAAUCCUGCAUCAUCGCAUCCGGCGGGAGCCCAGCCCCUUCUGGCAGAGUAUCUGUCACUUUGACGCUCGGGUGAGGAACGGAGAGAAGAUCACAGAAGAAGAAACAAAGGAGUACAAAGAGUGGCUGACACAAGGUCGUUCGUAUCAGCUGGAGUGUCACGAUAUCAUCCUGUGCACGUGCUCUGCCUCGUCUGCCAGCGCCCUGGAGCAGCUCAAUGUCAAGCAGAUAAUCAUCGACGAGUGCGCCAUGUCCACAGAGCCCGAGACCCUCAUCCCCUUGGUCUGCCACCACCGUGCUGAGAAGGUUGUUUUGCUGGGGGAUCACAAACAGCUGCGGCCGGUGGUUAACAAUGAUGUCUGCAAGACUCUUGGCAUGGAGACGUCUCUGUUUGAGCGCUACCAGGCGCAGGCAUGGAUGCUGGACACGCAGUACCGCAUGCACAAGAGCAUUUGCGAGUUCCCAUCCCAGGAGUUCUAUGAGAAGCGGCUGAGAACGUGUCCUCAGCUUGUUCGGAAACCCAGCGUGCUCCACCACAGAGAUAACAACUGCUGCCCCGUCAUCUUCGGGCACGUGGAAGGGAAGGAGCACUCCCUCAUGAUUUCCACUGAGGAAGGAAACGAGAACUCCAAAGCUAACAUGGAGGAAGUGGCACAGGCGGUGAGGAUAGCCAAGCAGCUGACACUAGAUGGCACCAUCCGGCCGGAGAGCAUCGCCAUCCUGAGCCCCUACAGCGCCCAGGUGUCCGAGAUCAACAAGAGCCUGCAGAGGGAGGGCAUCCGCGGGGUGACCGUCUGCACCAUCAUGAAGAGUCAAGGAAGUGAAUGGAAAUAUGUGAUCCUGUCAACUGUACGCUCCUGCCCCCGGUCUGAGAUCGAUAGGAAGCCCACAAAGAGCUGGCAGAAGAAAUACCUGGGGUUUGUUAUUGACCCAAACCAGGUCAACGUUGGCAUCACACGAGCUCAGGAAGGACUCUGCAUCCUAGGGAACCGGUACCUCCUGGAGUGCAACCCUUUGUGGAAGAGACUGGUCCAGCAUUACUACCGCCACAACAGCUGCACUGCAGCCCAGGAGAUCCGUGUCAGGAGGACCCCAGCCCUCUCGCGGUGAGGAUGGGCCCUCUCUGCCUGAACUGCAUUUUGUGUGCCUUGGGAAGGACCAACUCUUUCCAUUAUUCAGUGACCUACGGAGCCAAAUGCAGCGGGGGAUCUGGGAGCUUCCCGCACCGUGACAACUCAGCUUCAGCGUCUGCUUCAGCAUCGUGAGGUGUUUCUAAUCAGUGCAAUCUUGGGCAGGAACUUUCAAUUCUAGCAAACCAAAAAGGCAUUGGAGAUAGAUGAUGGGCAUGUGACUGUACUGAUGAUGAUGCUAUUUUUGUAACUGUAAGUUGCUCAGCAGAACCCUCAUCCUACUGCAGCUGCAGUUUUGGGGGGACCAAAUAUUUACUCCAGCUGUCAGGGUUGCACUUUGGGGAUCAACUGCUCAGUCUGUUCAUCGGGGUGGAACGGCUGCACGCAGCGGAGCAGCGCAGCAAGAUGCUGUUUGCCAUGGAGGACCAAAGCUUCUGAGUACUGCCUCUAAUUUUAAAUCCAAGGACAGGAGAUUUUUAAGACUUCUCACUUUUUACUCUUUUUUUUUUUUUUUUAAGUGAAGGAGGAAAGCAAUGAGAGAUGCAUGCACCACUUUGUCUAGCCAAAAUGAUGUUGUCUGAGCGUGUAAAUAUCGCAGUGGCAAGGCCAAGGUGAUUUUGUAAAUAGAUUUACAUGUUCUUUGUACGAAGGAGGUUGUCCUCACCAGCAUAAAGGCAACAAAAAGCGGGGACUUCUCCUACCAGGAAACAUUGGGAUUUGUCAGCCCAUUUUAAACUGUUCAGAAUUUUAUUUAAAAUCUCCCGUUGAUCCCCCCUCCCUUUCCUACCCUACUUUUUUUAAAGCUGCUUUUAAUUUAUUAACUUUUAACUCUGUGAAUUUGUUUCACAGCCUUAUGGUCUGAGUUUUUAAGAGCAGUGAAGGAGUGUAUGUGUAUAAUGUAUUUUUAUAUUUUCUGUAGCCAAACUGCUGUGAGCUGGAAGCUGUGGCUCACCAGAGAGGCUGCUGUCACCCAGUGGCGCGUGGCUGGUAGAGAUGUAUUGUGGUGGAUGGUGCCUCUGAAAAUCAUGGAGCUGCUUUUGGAAGCAUGACAGUUUUGAGGGAGGGUGUAGUUUAUCUCUUUUCAAUUCUGAAUGUAUGAAGUGCCUGCCUCGGCUCUCCCCAAACCACAUGCUUGGCUGUCCUUAGGUGUUCAUGUGGGAUGGAGCUCAGGUGCAAUCACACAAGUUUUCCUUGUAGUGUGGAUCCCUGUGAUGUCACAGCGCUAUGGCAGGAGGAAUUUUGUCCUGUUUGCAACUGAAAUCCAGCGUGGCUCUUUCCCAUGUGGAGGAAUGGCAAUAGGAAAGCAUUGUGUCUGGAAAAGUCUCUAUUUAACUCUGUGUUUCUUCUCAUGAGUCUGUGUUAGACUUGCCUCCAGAACCCAUGGAGAGGUUUUAUUGUUCCCUUCCUAGUUUAAACUACCUUCCUGCAGUCUGCCUUUGGGGGGUUUGAGCUGUAUGCCAAAGACCACCCGGGCUUGCUCUUGUCCUACUGAAGCAGAAUAGUGGGCAUAUGGCUGGUAAUUCCAUGAAGGAUAAAAACCCAUAGGAAGUAUCUCCUGCUGGUUCUAAAGACGCUUGGUAAAAGCUGGUAAGGGGUAAAAUUAAUUGUUCCUCUUUGAAGUCAUUCUGUGUGGGAUCUUAAAAGAUUCUGCACCAGCCUGAUUAGCAAAUACUAUUGCAAUUCCAAAAUAAGCUUGUCUGUGGAUUAUUCUGUGGACUACUGAAAUGCAAUAAUCUAGCUCCAAAGAUGUGACGGAGAAUUGCAAAAAAUGCUGGUAUUGUUGGGAUAACUACUUUAGCAUGGUGCCAGCUUAAAAAAGCCACCUUGGUUGCUUUAGAACCAGUGGGUCUCAUUUUCAUUAUCUCCUUUAAGUGAAGAGUUUCUCCCCUGGGUUUUGUGCUGGUUAUUUCAUACAUGUAACACAAACAAGGAGACUCACCCUUGAUGUAGUGGCUUAGUCAGUGCUCUUGGGGGGGGAUUUGGCCAAGGGAGAGUCCUCAUAAAGCAACUCCCUUCGUCCUUAGUGGGAAAAAAGUGUUUAUUUCUACUCCAAGGAGGUAGAAUGAAAUGUUUUGCGUGGCCUGUGUUGCAAGACAAUAUACAUGUGGGGUUUUUUUCCUCUGAGGAUGUAUUUUAUAACUGGUGAUUAGGAAAUGCACCCAAGCAGCAGUUACAGCCAGGCUGGGCCCUCGGGCUGCUGGUGCUGUCAGCAGGUUCUUGGAGAGCUGGUCCUGCAAUAGUCAGGGAUAGCAGAAAGUGCAAUUAAACUUUUUAUAGACUGUAGCAGAGUAUCAUGUUCUUGUCCUUAUGCUCAUGGAGUGAAUCAUAGAAAUCAAUACAGGAAAAAAAGUUCAAAUUAGCCUGGUUUCAUUUGCAUGUAGAAUUUUGAAUUUGCUUUUGGAAGAAUUUUAUGUUCGAGCAAUAUUCUUAAAAUACCAAACUUUUGGUAAUCCCAAUAGGAACACCCUGGCAGCGUGGUGCCCAGGGCAUCUGUCCAGUCACAGGCUCUGUGCUCUCCACACUCAAAGUCAAAAGCACAUGGCUGCAGGACACAAAUGUCAGUUCAUCCAACAGCAUUAACUUAAUUUCCUCGGCACUAGCUAGAGCUUGAGCACAAAUGAACAAGGGGAACCUGUGCAGGCAGCCAGUGGUGAGCCCAGCAUCAGGCGGGCUGGACUGUUUCUGAGGAUUUGGACAGAUCUGUGUAGGACAAUCAAUUUACUGCAAUAAAUCGGUGGGGUUUUUAAAAAUAGAAAUGAAAUGUCAAGUGUCAUGAAGUCUGAAUUAAGGAACUUGAAAUGGGGCAGGUUUUUAUCUUUUGUAUGUCUGUGACUCGCAGCAAACCUCAAAUGACCUUUUGGAUACCAAUAUUUUUAUCUGUUUUGACUGUUCAUAAGAAUGAAUCUCAACAUUCCUUUUUUGAUAUUUAAGCCAUAAUUGUAAA